AUGCACCAGAUCUACGGUCCAAUUGUGCGUGUUAAUCCGUACGAGGUGCAUAUCAAAGAUCCGGAAUUUUGCAUAGAGCACUUUUCUCCUGUCAAAAAGCUCGAUAAAUAUGGCUGGUGGUACAGGGUAUUUGGUGGUCCUUGGUCUACCAUCAGUACAGAGGAUCAUCACGUCCACAAAACGCGGCGCGGCACUUUUCAGAACUUUUUGGCUCCACGUAUGGUUAGAGGCUUUGUGCCUACCAUUUUUGAGAAGCUAAAAGGGGCGAGCGCUAUCAUGGAUCGACACGUGCGAACAGGAAAUGUAUUGAACCUGUCAAACGUCUAUCGGUGUAUGGCGGCGGAUGUUGUAUCUGCAUAUGUCUUACCAACAUCCCUGAAUCUUCUUGAAUCAGAUGACUUGGGGGAGGAGUUUCAGUCUAGUCUAAGAUUCUUUUUCGAAACGGCAACCAGCAUGCGAUAUCUUGGAUUCAUGGAACCUAUCAUUACGAUCAUCCCUUCUGUAAUAUUCAACGCGAUGCUUACUCAGCCUGCAAAGGCUUUAAUAAGGCUUGUAAGGGGACCAGAUAUGGACAAAUCACGGAUAUGUCUACUUGAACGAAUAAACAACAACCAGCACGAGCAAGAUGAGAAGUUUCGUGAGAGGUUGAUUCAAGAAGCAGAGCAAUUUAUUGUGGCUGGUAGUGAAACAACUGGUCAUACGUUAGCGGUGACAACUUUCUACAUUCUUCAAGAUAAGAAUGUUCAAGAAAAGCUACGACAGGAGCUCAUACAUGCAGAUAUCGUAUUUGAUGGCAACCUCGAAAUCACAAAGCUUCAAGCUCUUCCCUAUUUGUCCGCAGUUAUUACUGAAGGGUUGCGUUUCUCACACGGUGUGGGUUCAAGACUACCAAGAAUCAACAAGUCAAGCGAGGUACAAUAUAAACAAUGGAGAAUACCAGCCGGUGUCCCAAUAAGCAUGACAUCACGGCUUCAUCAUGAAGAUGCACGUUUAUUUCCAGAGCCUUACAAAUUUUCCCCUGAACGAUGGCUUCAAGCCGACAGCAAGAAUUUGAAGAAAUAUCUCAGCCCAUUUGGCCACGGAUCUAGGAUAUGCCCCGGAAUGCAUCUGGCUAUAUACGAGAUCAAUAUCGCCAUUGCCUAUAUAUUUACCCACUAUACAGUGAUAAACUCCGACACAACAGAAGAUGAUCUUGUUUCCAAGCACGAUUUGGGGGCUCCGUUUCCCAAACAGGAUUCUAAAGGACUUCAAGUAACGCUACAGGCUAGAGUGACUGAGUGA